AUGUCGGAAGAAUUAUCAGUAUUAGCGGAUCGUAUGAUACAUCGUUUAAUGACCGAUCAAUUUUUGGAUGGUUUUUCUGAUUGCCAAUUAAUCGCAAUUAUUGAUGCUGUUUAUAAAAUAUUACAACCAGUUGGUUGUUUAAUUCAAAUUUCUGCACCAGUUAUCAUUUUUGGUGAUAUUCAUGGACAAUUUGGUGAUUUGAUGCGUUAUUUAAAGAUUAUUGGUACACCACCGGAACAAAAUUUCCUAUUUUUGGGUGACUAUAUUGAUCGAUGUAAAAAAGGACUUGAAGUUAUAAUGUUAUUAUUUUGUUUUAAAGUAAAAUAUCCGGAUAAGAUUAAUCUUUUACGUGGUAAUCAUGAAUGUACAAAAAUGAAUCGAACUUAUGGAUUUUAUCAAGAAUGUAAACGAAUACGUACGACAUCAAUUUGGAAAAUAUUUCAAAAAGCAUUCAAUGAAUUACCAUUAUGUGCAAAUGUGAAUAAUCGAAUAAUUUGUAUGCAUGGUGGUAUAAGUCCAUUAAUACAUGGAUGGCAUUCGUUGAAAAAUUUGAAAAAACCAAGAAGUCAAACAGAUUGUGAUUCCGGCUUAGCACUUGAUUUAAUGUGGUCUGAUCCGGAUAAUGAUCCAUGCGCUAAAGGUUUUACACCAAAUAAAGUUCGUAAUGCUUCAUGGAUGUUUGGACAUGAUAUGAUUAAAGAAUGUAUACAGGCAUUGGAUAUUGAUAUGAUAGUACGAGCACAUGAAGUUGUAAAAAAUGGUCAUCAUAUUGAUUGUGAUGAAAAAAUUUGUACCAUUUUUUCCGCACCAAAUUAUUGUGGUAGCGAUGGUAAUUGUGGAUCAAUUAUGCGUGUUACUGAUGAUCUUAAAAUUUCAUUUAUAACAUUAAAACCAAAAUUAGAUAAGCAAAAAUUAAAUGCUGAAAAACUUGCUGAACUUGAAAAACAGAAUCGAUCAAAUGCUGCUAAAAGUCCUAAUCCAGGUUUGUUCUAA